UUCACCAAAGCACGAGACCAACCCGCAUCUGUUCUUAGCUGUCCGUGUGCUCUUUGCUUUUGUUUACACUCUGCACGUGUGACACAGGACAGUGUGAACACAGUAGACCGUAAGAUUUAAGCAGUACUGGCUUUGUAAAAUUCUCCAGACAGCUCUAUCGCGGGUCCGUAGACCACCCUCCCCUAUCUCCCCUGUGGAUUUAAUCGAAUUGCAGGAAGUCACUCACAUCCUCUCUGCUUGCGCUGUGUGUGUGUGUGUGUGUGUGUGUGUGUGUGUGUGUUCCUGUGUCGGUAUAUUAUGAAGAUCUCAUCAUAAGGAGCCGGGCAUCAUGAGGAUCUACCGGCGCAUGGAGAACUGGUGCCUCAUGAGCGGACUGCGCGCGUUUGUGCUGCUGAUAGUGGGACUGGCAGCUGACAUCUCCACUCAUCACUCACCCGACGGGAGGCAACUAAAAAGUGUGCUCAACAAACUGGAACACUACCACACCAUGGUACCGCUACUGCUGGAAGGAACAGAGCAGAGACCAAUCGGCUGGCUCCGCUCCAGAACGCCUCCCGCUUUGCUGCGCAUCCUGAUCCAAGCAGAAGGACAACAGCUGAUUUUAUCUGUGGAAAAGAACCACGGCCUCUUUGCCAGCCAUUACACUGAGAUGCAUUACAGGGAAGAUGGACAAACUGUUAUGAGCACUCACAACUCUACGAUGAAUUGCUAUUACCACGGUGAAGUCCAAGGAUACACACACUCUGAUGUCAGCCUCAGUACAUGCACUGGUAUCAGAGGGUUUAUCUUACUUGAAAAUAAAACACUGAUGGUGGAGCCAGCUUUUGAGCCAGCAAAUGACACCCAUGUGAUUUAUGAAGGACAUCACCUACACUUCCCCUCCGGGACCUGUGGACACGGAAACAACAUAUCGACUGUCAGCCAUAUGAGCACUGGAGGACCGCCACAAUCAUUCAGCACAAGGCAUAAACGGGAUGUUCAGAAGACCGCCAAAUACGUGGAGCUCAUCAUUGUAGCAGACAACAGGGAGGAUCACUCAGACAAUCCUCUGGGAGCUGCUGUGACUUUGGCCCAUGAGUUGGGCCAUAACUUUGGAAUGAACCAUGACACACCAGAGCGAGGAUGCGGCUGUAGGAUGACCGUAGAUCGUGGCGGCUGCAUCAUGACCCCCUCUACAGGGUACCCGUUCCCCACUGUGUUCAGUACGUGUAGUAAGAAGGAUCUGGUGGCUAGUCUGGAGAAAGGAGUGGGCAUGUGUUUAUAUAAUAUGCCUGAAGUCAAAUUGCUCUACGGGGGACAGAAAUGUGGCAACGGAUACAUUGAAGAAGGAGAGGAGUGUGACUGCGGAGAGCCAGAGGAGUGUCUAAACCCCUGCUGUAACGCUACAACCUGCACUCUGAAGGGAGAUGCUGUGUGUGCCCAUGGACAGUGCUGUGAAGACUGCCAGUUAAAACCAGCUGGGACUCCUUGUAGAGAGUCCAGUAACUCCUGUGACUUACCUGAGUUUUGCACUGGAUCAAACCCCCACUGCCCUGCCAAUGUGUACCUGCAAGAUGGACUCGUGUGCCACAAUAUGGAUGGUUACUGUUACAACGGCAUCUGUCAGACUCAUGAGCAGCAAUGCAUCACUCUGUGGGGACCAGGAGCGAAACCUGCCCCGGGAAUCUGUUUUGAAAGAGUAAACUCUGCAGGUGAUCCCUAUGGAAAUUGUGGAAAAGACUCCAAAGGUUCCUUUGCUAAAUGUCAAGCAAGGGACGCUAGGUGUGGGAAAAUUCAGUGCCAAGGAGGUGCCAAAAGGCCAGUGAUCGGAACCAAUGCGGUGUCCAUAGAGACAAACAUACCUCUGCAGGAGGGUGGGCGUAUUCUGUGCCGCGGAACACAUGUGUACCUUGGUGAUGAUAUGCCUGAUCCAGGACUGGUAUUGGCUGGCACAAAGUGUGCUGAGGGAAUGAUCUGUUUGAACAGGCAGUGUCAGAAUGUCAGUGUCUUUGGAGUGCACAAGUGCUCUGGGAAGUGUAAUGGAAGAGGGGAAUGCAACAACGAGAAGAACUGCCACUGUGAAGCUCACUGGGCACCUCCUUUCUGUGAUAGGGCGGGGUUUGGCGGCAGCGUCGACAGUGGGCCAAUGAGACAAGCCGCUGACAGUAGCGCUGUGGCCAUGGGUGUGCUGGUCACCCUUCUUUGCUUGCUGUCGGCGGGACUGAUUGUGUGCCUGAAGAGGAAAGCACUGGUUCAGAUGUUCUGCAUCAAUAAGAAGAGCGCCAUUCAAAAGCUCAGAUCAGUAGGAACAAAACAAGCACCCAGCCCCCCACGGACACAGUCAGUCUUCAGGGUCUCGCCUCAGCACAAGCCCGCCUCUUUACCUUUACAGUCCCGCUGUGACAAGAUGUCUCAUCCCAGUUCGGAGCCUCUCCUUCCUCCACACAACUUCCACAGUUUGCAUCGGCUGCCUGAAUGUCCCACCCGCUGCCAGCCUGUCCACAUCAGCCACCCCAUGCCCAUCACAGGUCUGCAGCCUCUGCCCUCAGUCCUGCCUCACAGGACUCUAGUGUCACACACACACUCGCCAGGCAGAGCGGCAGGCUUUCACACCCUCCCUCACCAGCUGCCCUACACUAACAUCCAGGACCAGGACAAGCCCAGUCCCCCACAGAAACCACUUCCUGCAGACCCCUUAAUCAGAGGCCACGGGGUGGGUCGAAGCAUGUCCGUGGUGGGAGAGCGGAUACAUGGACCUCUAGCCAUCCUGAUUCCAACAGUACCACGACCACCCCCUGCCAUACCACUGCCAAACAGACCUCUUCCCAGAUUACCACAGCCCUUUUGUAAUCACUGACACAUGGACACCACAGCACUGGGUGAAUUUCACCAGCAUCUGAACACACUUGUUUGCACUAUGAAAACUGUGUUGGACCAAGUGACGACCCCUGCAGAAACUCCACGGAGGGUCUCACAGAGAAGAGGGCUGACUGGACACCUUGGUGCUGCGCCUCCUCAGAAAAGGUGUUUGUUUGUCCUCGCUCAGGUACUGCAGAAGUAUUUAAGAUGUAUAUUUAUUGUGAGGAGGAAACUAUGUGCUGUGCUUGACAUUCUUUUUACUGUAUGACAAUUUUUGUUUGUUUUUACAUGUUGAAAAUAAUGCUGAUUGAAAAUUAGGUGGCAAAUCAUGUUUUUCAUUCUUUUAAGUGUUUUUCCCCCCUCAAUUUAUCUUAUGGUAAGACUUACUUUGGUGUUGUGAAGAUCAAAACAGACCUGCUUUAAAAUGACGCAGCAUGUCUCGGAUACUGGAGUAUAAGCAACCUGAAAUCAGAAUGACUAAACACAGCGCUGGAAUGGAAUGAGCCACUAAGUGCAAAAAAAACCCUUCACAAUUACUUGAAUGAGGCAUGUCAGGAAGGAGAAAAAGAUAUGAGCCAUUAUUCAGUCAUAGUUCAAUCAUCAGUGGCAGUCAUGCUUAUGGGCUUUGACAAACCAACUUUUCGUGAACUACAAUACCUUAAAAGUAUAUGUGCUUAGCAGUGCUGCAGUAUCUGCCAAAGCAAGAAUCAUUACUACUAUUGCUACAACGUUAGCCCUAAGCAUUCAACUUACGGACAAGAACGAUACCUCAAAUUAUGUGGCUUCCUGAGGAGAGAUGUGCUGAACAAUUAAACAGGCAAAAUAUACCUUAUUAUAUUGACUAUUAUAUUAGUUAUAUUGACUCUAGGGGCAGAGCCAUAUCUAGACAGCAGAAUAUGCAUAGCAACUACAUGGCAAUGGCAUAUCUUCAGAAAAUGAAAAAAUCCUGUCAGUAUUUAUAGUCCAAACACUCCUUUUUCCAACAUGUUUUGAAACAUUCAGAGAAAUACCAGUGGCAACACAGAAUAUGUAGUGACACCACAGACCUUAAAAUAUCACAGAAUCGCAGCUCAGCAUUCCCACUGAGCCAUCAGGAUCCAGAAGCUGUCAUGUCUGUGUCAUUAUGGCCUUGUUGUGCUGUAUACACACAUUCUGUGAAAUAUCUUCCAAUACUUGAGGUUAUAGAUGUUGAAUUUUCUGUACUGUAUUUCUUGUAUUAUUUUUGACAGUAUACACUACCAAUCAAAA